AUGCAGAAUAUUUCUCACCCUUUGUCUUUCCAUACUGUUAGGGAUCUUAUUAAAAGAUCUUUCAAAGUACGUGCUAAGGAAGAUCAUGUUUCUCAUAAGUCUUGGAAGAAUGCUGUCCCGAAUUUGUGUAAUGGCCCAAGGCUUAGAGCAGUCGCUGAAUUCCGCCUUGCCACUGGACAUGACUGCCUACAAUAUCAUCUUCAUAGAUUCAAAAUUGUUCCUUCUCCGAUAUGCCCUCUGCGCAGCUCUAGAGAGGUGAUGGAUGCAGCACAUCUGCCCCACUGUCCUGCUCUGCGCAAGACUUUUCUCGCCGAGCGUUACUGGGAGGCAAGAGAUAUGUUAGAUUAA